CGCGCUUACGGUGGCCGGAGAUCGUCCCGCGAUCCCCGACGCCCGGUGUGUCCUUCGCGAUGGCUGGGUUGCGAGGAGGCAGCGCUUCGCUGCCUCACGCGUCCCGCCUCCUCCUUAGCUAGCAUGACUGCUUCGCAAAAGGAGGAGACGGCAUCCCAGUCCCCCUCGCUCUGCAUCAUGGCCUGCACUAGGCCCGGACGCGAGAGGUCGCCAUCGCCGAUCACUUCCCUGAGGGCACGGCGGUGCUCAGCCCACGCAGGGCAUUCCGCUACAGUGUGUUCCACCGUGUCCUCAGGGCGGUCCUCGCAGUGAUGACACCCGGGCGUUUCCUCCCGCCCCAUCAGACACAGGUACCUCCCGAAACUUUCAUGUCCGGUGAGGACCUGUGUCAGGCGGUAGGUGAGGACGCCGUAGCGUCUCUCAAGCCACUCCUCAAAGACACUUACCGCUGCAAUGGUAGCGAGCCCAUCGACUCGACAAUGGAAUACAAUUUUAGAUGCAUUACAGAAAUUUGACAGAAAAGGAUAGGUUGACAUGCACGCCACUGUACCUCCUCUUUUCAACUAUAGGUAGUUUAAGUCAAUGAGAAUAACAAGUAUCAAAACCCAUUAACUCAUAUUUUAUCAGGGUAUAUAUACAGGUACGAUAUUCGUCACUUAAUUUUAUUUCACACUCUUUUGCCAAGCUGUACCCGUCCUCUGCUGUACUAAAAUAAAUUAUGAACGCAGAAACACUGCUCAAAAUCCUGCUAUCCCGAUCCCUCCCUAGCCCUCCAGUGCCGUCUGGUUUAGAAAAAGUUAGUUCUGUCAUGUCUGAAUCUGAAAAUCAAUAUGAUAUUAUUCUUGUGUUAUUUUUCGCUUAUUCGUGAUAAAAUUUUGUUUUCAAGAGAAUGUUAAUAAUGAAUGUGGCAAAUAAUAUUUCGUUUUGUAAGCUAUUUAUUUUGAAUAGUAUGUAUACAUCUGACAUUGUCGUACUUGAAUCAUCGUAAAACUAAUUAACGCCUAAUGGGUGCUACUUUUUGUUCGUGAUGUUCAUGUAAAUAAUGUGAAUAAUAAAGUACAUCAAAGUAAGAUUUUAACUGAAAUUAUGUACAGAAAUAUUCUAAAUUACAUAAUAAGCCGCGCAUAGUUUUAGUGUAUAUAGAAAACGAUGAGGUUUCAUAGAAGGUGCGGCGACCGGGUCACACUAUUGAAUGAAAACUCUACAGCAGUUAGAAAUUUUGUAGAAUUUAACCAUGGCUUGAUAUUAAGUUCAGAACCAUUGAAGGAUGAUGUUAUAUUUGAAGUUACUGUUGAUAGAAAGGUGAACGUUUGGAAUGGAAGCCUGGAAAUAGGUGUUACAACAUUGGACCCUGAGUUUAUGGAAUUACCUGCUACGGCAACAAAACUCAGGAACACAGCAUGGAUUAUGUCAGGCAGUUCCAUUGUGAAGGAUGGUGUCACUUUGGUCAAUUCAUAUGGACCAGAACUGGACACCCUGCGAGAGGGCGACUGUAUUGGAGUUAUGAGAACUAGUAAGGGAGAAUUAACAUUUUAUCUCAAUGGUCGUUGCCUGGGAAUAGCUGCAAGAGAUCUUCCUUCAAGAUUGUUUGCGGUGAUUGAUUUGUACGGACAGUGCGUCCAAGUGUCUAUAUUGCGGUCAAAUGAGAUAAGACCAAUCAUGGACAGUAGUAUUGAACAGAUUGAAGAGGAUCCAAACAACGAUGAUACUCUUACGUCUAGUGAAAUGGAUGUUGCCGGUCUUCCACCCGAGUCCAGCCAAUACCCGAAAGAACCUCAUACUGUUUACAUUCCAAUGCCUUCCGAAGGUGCAUGUGCUCUUGUGCCACAUGACCGAUUGCGUUUUCAUCCAAGAUGUGGAAUCUUAGUGAAACUGUCAAGUAAUAACAAGACUGCGGAACGAGCUCGUCCACUUGAUGACUACAAUAAUGGUGUGGUGAUGACACACCGUCCACUUUAUGACAACGAACUGUUUGAGAUACGAAUAGAUAGGCUCGUUGACAAAUGGAGUGGAAGUAUUGAGGUUGGUGUUACAACACACAACCCUGCUACGAUACGUUUCCCGUCCACUAUGACCAACAUGGACACUGGAACUAUAAUGAUGUCAGGAUGCAAGGUGCUUCUUAACGGCCACGGCACUUGCAUGGAGUAUGGCAACUUUAAUCUUGAUGAACUAAGAGAAGGUGACACCGUUGGUAUGAUGAGGAAGAGCAAUGGUAAAUUGCACUAUUUUAUCAAUGGUAUCGACCAAGGUGUUGCUACAGAUAAAGUAGACCAACAAGUUUGGGGGGUGGUGGAUCUAUAUGGAAUGACUGUCAAAGUAUCCAUUGUGGAUCCUUGUGAAGAUUUGGAUAGUAACAUCAAUAAUCCACCUCUCAUGCUCGCUUCGCCGGAAAUUCCUGCUCCCAGCAAUUUUAGACCAACAAUAGACGAAGAGAGCCUUUUAUUUCAUACGCUGCGUGAUUCGAAUGUUAUUAUUAUUAACGAUGGUAAGACUGCUCAUAGGCCUAAUGCUUUCAAGUACUUCAACAACGGAAUCGUAAUGACGAACCGUACCUUAAAAACUAACGAACUUUUCCAAGUACGUCUCGACCUUGUCAUCCCGAAGUGGGCUGGAAGCAUUGAAAUUGGAGUCACGCAGCAUUCUUCAAAUGAUAUUAAAUUCCCUUUUAAAAUGAGCAAUGCCAAAUCCGGCACGUGGGCUGUGACCGGAGAAGACGUAAUUCGAGACGGUACUAUUAUAAUUCCACAGUACGUACGAAACCUCAACAAACUUGUGGGAACCCCUGAGGUGAAGGCCUCCUCCAGAGACUGCCAUCUUUCUCGAUCUUUUGCUGUAUCUAGCCAGCGUACUCCAGCCACACGUAGGAUUUCGUCAUCCUAUCGUGAAGGAGACACUGUAGGAGUCAUGCGUAAGGAGUUGGGCAUCCUGCAUUUUUUUGUCAAUGGCGUGGAUCAGGGACCGGCUGCGUUCAAUGUUCCUGAACACGUGUUUGGCAUAGUAGGCAAGUUGAAAACUAACCAUUUGUACGGUCGCGCAGCACAAGCGACAAUCGUGGACGAAUACACGCCACCGCCAAUAUAUUCCCCCGAAUCACCACUGUCUUCCGAGUCUAAUGCUACAAUAUUUCCUGAGAUGUGCUUCCAUCGCGUGCACGGUCGCAACGCGCGUCUGAGCCGCAACCGUCUGACGGCCUGGCGCGCCACCGUCUAUUCCGAGUUCAAUGACGCCGUGUUGUUUAGCUCACGACCUCUCCGUGAAUGCGACAUGUUUGAACUUCGUAUUGAUAAAAUGGUUGACUGCUGGAUUGGGAGCCUUGAAAUUGGUGUGACGGCAAUCCGUCCUGAUGAUUUGGAAGCUAGCGGUGGUGUCGGUGCGAUUGCGGGAACAGCUACCGACCUCAACUGGGACACUUAUAUCCUCAGUGGAGCAGCUAUGAUGAAGGAUGGGGAGUGCGUGCGAAGUGGAUACCCCCUAGACUUGGAUACACUCACUGUUGGCAGUCGUGUUGGUAUGAUGUGGCAUGCUGACCGGAGUCUGCAUUACUAUUUGGAUGGUAUGGAUAUGGGCAAAGCUUGGUAUGUGCCCCAUCUUAACAUUUACGCUGUCGUCGACUUGUAUGGCCAGUGCACUCAGGUGACAAUAUUGCAAAAUGAAGAGCGGGUGUUUAAUUACAAUGGAUGCACGAAUUCAGAUAAUUCCAUGCUAAGCAACUCUAGAGCUAUGUCGUCGCCACCACCACCGUAUUGGAGCUUCUCCGAGUACGCUGGUGAUAAUGUAUGUUUGUUGCACGAGUAUACAGUCGCUCGACGACUGACGUCUGAUCCGAUGUCGGCGCUCGUGUUCAGUUCCGCUCAUCUUGCUUUGGGGGAAUUAUUCGAGGUGAAGAUAUUGGAGUGUAAACACUCAUACGCUGGUAGCUUCCGCAUCGGGAUCACAGAUAUCAACAUCUUGAAUGCGCAUGUGAACCGCAGCCUGCCUCCUAGCGUGGCCUGCCUGCCUCACUUCACCGCGUACAUUGAUGGGCGCUUCAUGAAAUACUCUCAACCGGGUACCCGAAAACAAGAGAUAUACUCGUUUGUCCCGUCGUUCGAGUGGCUGCGUCCCGGAGAUAGAAUCGGUCUGAAGAAAAUCAACGACUCCCGCGUUAUCGUCUUCUACAAUUCUGAACCACUCGACACUUGCUUCGAGAGAGUUCCCGACAGGGGUGUAAAGGACCCUUUGUCCGAAUGCCAACCUCACCUGCACGCGGUACACCCUGCAAAUACCAACGAGGCCGCUGGCGACCGAGGGUGGCGGUAUACCCAGCCCGCGCACCUAGCCCCCGGACGAUGCCGCACUAUUCUGCGGCAGGAUCCGGAGUCUAGCAGUGCAACGUUUAAAGUGUACGUGGUCAUUGAAUUGUACGGUCACGUCACCAAGAUACAAGCAGUCUCCCAGGGAGUUCUCGGGGCUGGACUGAAUCAAACAACGAUUCCUAACGACGGCGAGGACUUCUCGAAGCGUAUAGCGACGCCAUUGAAUUUAGGCCAUCUAAGCAGUGACAAUACAGACGAGGUCUUUGAUAUUCACGGAUCGUUAGCGGGUGCCGGGUGCCCACUCGUGGGUGUUCGGCCACGAAAUUCUGACCGUACAUUUGACUCAGCCGACGAUCCCGGUGAAGAUACGACGAGUGAGGAUAGCGUUGCUGACGAUCUAGCCGAAGACGAAGCGUCUGCUACUGAAGACGACAUAAUGGGUCGUAAGAACAAGGCUCCCAUACUAAAGGGCAAAUACGCCAAACUUGCCGCACAAGCUGCCCAAGCUGCUGCCGAAGCGCAGGCUGCUGCUCGGGCUGAGGCUAGAGCUGCUGCCCAGGCUCAAGGCAAAGGUAAAGGAAAAGGAAAGCGUGGGAAGGCUUCCUCUCCUCCGAAGGAGUUACCAGCUGCGUCAACGUCUGCUGAACCCACGACUCCUAGUGCGGCGGUAGAUGUAGCUGCUGUUGUAACUGCAGCAUCCGGCUCUGGCUCCGGGUCGGGUUCGGGCGUUGAUGCCGAAGAAGCAGGUGCUCAAGAUGAUGAGCCUCCCGCCGGUCCGUCCACUGAACCACCGUUCGAUCUCUCGGAACCACUGUGCGAUCCACCCGCCGAGCCAAUCCCUGAGUCCGAGCCCGAGCCCGAGCCGAGUCCAAGCCGCAACAACCUGCCUUACACGUUCUUCAAUAUACACGGGGUCAACAUCAAACUGUGCAGCUCAGAUACUGUGGCGAUGCGUUUCCAAGGAUACAAAGAAGGCCUGGCAGUCGUUAGCCAGCCAUUGCGUCGCGGACAUAAUUUCAGGUUCCGUGUGGACAAGAUGUGUGAUGAUUGGGUGGGCACCAUAUCCAUUGGAGCAGUGGGCACGCUCCCAGCCGAGCCUAUCAGGAACGGCAUCCCCAUGGAGACACCCUGCUGGAUGCUUUCCAGCGAUAUGAUUAACGACAACGGGACAUUCAUCAAAAUUACACUCAAUGGUCCGCUUCAACAAUUCACAAAAAGUUACAGUGCGCAAGGAGUGGUGACGAAUUGUAAAGCCAGACAGGACGACCACGGCCACUCUGCCAAGAGUGGUACGACUAGGAAGUACCACUCGUUGAUCGGGAUGGUGUUGGAAGAUCUGACGGAGCAGUCGGUCCUCACUCUACACUUCCGAUUCACCAGUGAGCUGGUACUGCAGGUCAAUGGGAAACUGAUUGGCUGCAUAGCUACCAUUCCGCGCAGGUUCAGCCAGGUAUACCCGGCUGUCGACUUAUAUGGCACGAUUUGUCAGGUGUCAGUGUUACUGCAUCCUUACGUUAUUACAAGCGGAGCAUCGCUCGACUUGCCAGUCAUCAGCGAAUUUCAAGAAGAGUCAUUUGAUGGUCUCUCAGAUGAUGAAGCUGAAGCGGUAAGCGAAGGGCAAACGGAAAGGAAACGCAAGAAGAAAGCCUACAGUCAAGAUAAUCUCAUUAAUGAUGAAGAUCUCCAUUGGGAGCCUCCGUACAUGCCCGCCGGGCCCAGUCAUGGUCUUAGCUUCACGCCCUACCGUGUGCCAACUCCUCUUCCUUACCGUACACCGAGCCCAUAUCCAAAAACAGGAGCGAAGCCGCUGGAGAGCCCAGAGCCAAUCCCUGUGGUUGUUAUUAAGAAAAAAUAUAAAAAGAGUAAAAAUAAAGAUGCCAGAGUUCGGGCCGUUCUAGCUGAAGCCCCAAUGUACACAAGCCUUAAUUUACCGCUGUACCAAAUCGCUGAUAAUAACGAGAUGGUGAAUCGCUGCAUUAAAAAGAGUCACUCGACGCACAACUUUUCCAUAUCGAGCGAUGAACAGGAAUCUUCCAGUUCUCUCCGACACACGAGCAGUGUGGGAUCACAAGCCGACGACGACAGGGAACUACGUCGUCGCGUGGAUAUGUACAGACCACCCGUCGGAUCAUUCUUAGACACCAACAUACGUCACAAUGAUCGUUACCCAGAAGUGAGCGAUGUGGACAACUUGGACAAUGAAAUAGUUGACGCCCUUACUAUGGAGACUGGGAACUUGCCCGAUCUGACUGAAGAACAGUCAUCGUCUUUUGAAAAUUCGCGUCGCGAUGAUUAUUGGGCUGAUUUGUUGCCGGUGGAGUACAUGCGCUACCUCAACCGCAUCAUGUGCUUGGAUCAGGACGGGGCUGCUUGUCAGAGCUUGGAGUCUGAGUGGGAGGCUUCUGGGCAGGGUUGCGAGCACCUGCACCUCGUGCUUAAGUACUGGAACCAUCUUGUUGUGCCGCAUCCGGAACUGCGCCAAGCGGUGUCCUGGGGACAGGUGCGGUGCUACUGUGCCAAUUGCUUUCCUGAUGAUCGAUCACCAUUCGCCGGCUGGGUACGUAUCGAGCGUAUUGACGGCGUUGGCGCCGCGCAGCGUGGUUUCUGGCAUGUAGUGCGGGGUACACUGACCGCUGCGCAAGCCGACGGCAUGGACCGCGGGCCCGUGCGCCGUCCCAGGGGACUAUACUCUGAACCCGUUUCCUCGCUGCCAUUCCAUGACGUGUGGCUGGACGAUGAGGGGAAGCCGCAUCACAGCUUGUUGUGUAUAGAGAUUGAUAUCGAGGGCUCGAACGAAGAAAACGAUCGUCUACUGGCGUUCUUGAUCAACUUGCGCCCACAAUUGACUUUUCCUGACGACUACUCAGAAUAAUCGUCUUUGCAUAAUUAUACUCUACUUGUCAUCCUCUGUACUCUUUGAUAGCACCGUGAACAUACUUAUAAUAGAGGUAAACGUAUUCUAUCAUGUCCGAGAUACAGGUGUACUCAUCACGGUGCGAAUUUUUUGAAUUGAUAUUAUUAUAUGUUAGUAAUUAAGGGACGCAAGACGGUUGUCGUUUAAGUAUUAUUAAUAGUAUUUAAUUGUAGAUCUGUGCCGUUAGCAAGGCAUUUUCGCUACAGUGUUUUUUGAUCUUCAGGUUGAGUGUCUGGAGUACUAAAAGUAAUCAUGGAACUGAAAUAAAGCCAUAGUUUUAUGAAAACGAAAUAAAAUUUAUGUUGACUAUUGGUUCAAUCUCAUUAAAAUUGAACAACGAUAUAUAAAAAUAUUAGGAACAUUAAUAUUUUAGCAUUUGACGACGUGACAUUUAGAGGCCAUUAUCCAGUUCCCAAGUGAAGGAAAAGUGUGAAUGAGUAGGACCCUUGAGUGGAGCGAAUCAGCUUUACAACUUACAAGUAUUAUGACCCGUUUCACAUACUCCAGAUAGCUACUACCUUCCAUAUAAAUUAUAAUAUUGUAGGAACUAUCUUCCAUUAACUUUACCGGGUAUUUUUUUUAAUGAGAGUAGUGAAACAGGUUCGUAGUGUAACAGAGGAGCGUGUGUUAUUGUGGUGCUCGUAGGCGAUAGGACUAGCCGCUUAUGCUAUGGAUAGAUAGGCACUAUUUGCUCGCUAAUGUUGACAGUAAGAUGGCUUUGUGAUAGUGAAGCAUUGAGGUUAUACUUGAUACGGUUAUGGUAAUUAAAUACAUAUCCAUCUAAUGGCAUUGUUAUUUACUUUGCACUACCGAGAUAAUGACGAACAAAGUUUGGGAUUUCUAAACCACUGAGUCAAUUUUAAGUAACCUGCAUAGUUUGCACUUGAGAAACUGGUUUAUUUACGUAUCUUGUAUAAACUCCUUGCACCAGUUACGUGCGGAGCUCGGUAGGUAAGCGAGAACAAGAAAUGUUGUAAGAAAUUUGAAAUUGUAGCGAGAACAAAGUUCUAAAAGUAUUGUUGGUAGAUAUGACAAUAAAUUUGCUAACACCUAUUUUUAUGAGAAAUAAAAUUGGUGGGAAGGCUUUUGCGAUCAAUUUCAAUUAAAAUAUUUAGUGCGGUGUAACUGCAAUUUCAACAGUUAGUUCAAUAUUUGAACUGUACUGGCGUGGCGUGUGGGAUGUGAAGUCUAUGUGCACUGUAGGAUCAAAAGACACUGUACAGUUUACUACUAGUCACUUGAUAUUGUAACACCUCAUGGAACUUAUCCUCCACAGUCUAUUUGAUAAUAGCAGCCUUAAGCACAUUACUUUCGUGAUCUCAGAUACUCUUACAUUUUGUUAGUUUAUAUUUGCGCAAUAUUACUUUACGUUUAUGGAAGUAUUGAUUUAGCCCAGUUUAGAUAUUGUUAUAUGUUUUAAGGAUGCAUUCACAGUAGAGUUAGGAAGCGAUGGGAACACAUUAGCUUUCGGUGCUGUUUAUAGAAGAGUGACGUAUGUAUUGUUGUGUGAUAGUGAGCGAUGAGACUGACCAACUGUGGCUGAACCCUUAUUUCAUUAGCUAUGUUCCGAAUAAUAACCAGUAUGUGUUAAAAUAUUAUUUUAUUAUAUUUGGAAAUGCUUUAAAGAUAUUUUAUGAUUAGAGUAUGAUAUUAUUUAUUUUAUUUUGCAGCUACAAUGCAGCUAUUUUAAGAUAAUACUAUUAUAUGUCUACAUAUUCAUAGUA